UCCCUUGCUCUCUCUUUCCGCCCUACCCCUCCUCUUCUGCUUUCCUUCCCUUGAGAACUUAUUUUUCCCCGCGAAUAUUCUUUCUCACUUUCAAUUUUCAUAGAUCUCGGAGUAAGAUAGAAGUGACGCACCCGUGGUUGCCUCUGCAUCUCCAGCAUUGUGGUCAAUCUCGCGCGUUCCCCCCCCCCCCUCUUUCUGGAACUGGAUUUUUGGACCGCCGUGGACGCGUGGAUGAUACAUCGGGGCGAGAACUGGAGAUGGAGUUGCUCGUGAUCAGCCUCUCCUUAUGGAUCCUGCAGUGCCGCUUGGCUCGUUCGGACUCCAUUAUCCACAUCGGUGCUAUUUUUGAACAGAAUGCCAUAAGGGACGAUGAGAUUUUUCAGCUCGCCAUUUCAGACCUGAGUUUGAACGAUGACAUCCUCCAGAGUGAGAGGAUUACCCAUUCCAUCAAACUAAUCGAGCCCAACAACCCCUUCCAGGCGGUACAGGAAGCCUGUGAGCUCAUGAAUCAGGGGAUCUUGGCUUUGGUGUCAUCUACAGGCUGUGCUGCAGCCAAUGCUCUGCAGUCACUCACAGACGCCAUGCACAUUCCUCACCUGUUCAUUCAGAGGAACGGAGAUGGCACGCCCCGUGCCGAGUGCCAGCUCAAUUCCAGCCCUGACGGAGAGCGCUACACACUGGCCGCGCGCCCUCCAGUGCGUCUCAAUGAGGUCAUGAUCACACUCGUCUCUGAGCUGCGCUGGCACAAGUUUAUUGUCUUCUAUGACAGUGAAUAUGAUGUGCGUGGGCUACGUGGGUUUCUGGACCAGGCAUCUCGGAUGGGUUUGGACGUGUCUCUCCAGCAGGUUGACCGGAACGUGACAAAGGUCUUCUCCACCUUAUUUAGCACCAUGAGGAUGGAGGAGCUGAACCGUUACCGGGACACGCUCAGACGGGCCAUCCUGCUGCUCAGUCCCCGCACUGCACAGGUCUUCAUCCACCAGGCAGUCGAAACAAAUCUAGCAUCCAAAGAUAGUCACUGGGUGUAUGCCAAUGAGGAAGUGAGUGACACAGAGAUCAUGGAGCUCGUCCAUAGCGCUUUGGGCCGGAUGACUGUCAUCAGGCAGAUAUUCCCUCUAUGGAGAGACACCAACAUCCGUUGCAUGAGAAACAACCAUCGCAUCUCCUCACUGCUCUGCGACCCACAGGAAGGGUACCUGCAGUCUCUGGAGGUGUCUAGUCUGUACCUGUACGACAGUGUGCUGAUGCUCGCCAAUGCCUUUUACCGAAAGUUAGAAGACAGAAAAUGGCACAGCAUGGCCAGUCUGAACUGUAUGAGGAAGUCAACCAAACCCUGGAAUGGAGGAUGGUCCAUGCUGGACACCAUCCAAAAGGGACGGAUAUCUGGGCUCACUGGGUUAAUGGACUUCCGUAGUAACGGAGCAAACUCUCACGUCCAGUUUGAGAUCCUGGGGACCAGUUACAGUGAGACGUUUGGAAAAGAUGUGAAACGACUUGCAGCAUGGGACUCUGAUCGUGGACUGAAUGGUAGUCUGAGGGAGAACCGGGCUGAGCAAGGCAUGCAAGGAGUGACUCUGAAAGUGGUGACCUUAUUGGAGGAGCCAUUCGUAAUGGUUGCAGAAAACAUUCUUGGUCAGCCUCAAAGAUAUAAGGGAUUUUCCAUAGAUGUUCUGGAUGCCCUGGCCAAAGUACUGGGCUUUAAGUAUGAAAUGUAUCAGGUGGCUGACAAGAAAUAUGGAUCUCCUCAAGCCAACGGGUCAUGGAACGGAAUGAUUGGAGAGCUGAUCGGGAAGAGGGCAGAUGUGGCCAUUUCGGCCAUCACCAUCACUCCAGAGCGAGAGAAUGUGGUUGACUUCAGCAAACGCUAUAUGGAUUAUUCCGUUGGAAUUCUGAUGACCAAAACAGAAGAGAGACUCAACAUUUUCUCUUUACUGGCCCCAUUUGACCUGGCUGUGUGGGCCUGCAUUGCUGCUGCUAUUCCUGUUGUGGGUGUCAUGGUCUUUCUGCUCAGACGGGUGCAGUCUGUCCGUUCCCAGAAUCCUCCCGGGUCCCACCAGCCUGUGCCUACCACAUCAUUUCAAAGUGCCAUCUGGAUCGUCUACGGAGCCUUUGUACAGCAAGGUGGUGAGUCCUUCAUGAGUUCAGUGGCUCUCAGGAUUGCAAUGGGAAGCUGGUGGCUAUUCACCCUAAUUGUCUGUUCGUCCUACACAGCCAAUCUGGCAGCCUACCUCACUGUUUCCCGCAUGGACAAUGCUGUUCGAACAUUCCAAGACCUUUCCAGACAGGCAGACUUCAGCUAUGGAACAGUGCGAGAGUCUGCGGUGUUUGAGUAUUUCAGGGUGAAAGGCACAAACCCCCUGGAGCAAGACAGCACUUUUGCGGAGCUGUGGAGAACUAUCAAUAAAAAUCAGGGACAGGACAACUCUGUGACCUCUCCUGCUGAAGGCAUCCGCAAGGUUAAGAGGGAGUCAUAUGCAUUCCUAUGGGACAUGGCUGUCUUAGAGUAUGCGGCUCUGACCGAUGACGACUGUACGCUUGUGGUCACAGGAAACAGCAUGAGCAGUAAAGGAUAUGGCUUGGCUUUGCAGCACGGCAGCCCCUAUAGAGACCUUUUCUCACAGAAGAUACUUGACUUGCAGGAGAAGGGAGACCUUGAUAUUCUAAAGCAAAAGUGGUGGCCGCGAAAAGGUCGCUGUGACCUGGACAAGCAGACAGAACCCCAGCCGGAAGGCAGAGCCCUAAGACUACACAGCUUUGCUGGGGUCUUCUGCAUCUUAGCUGCAGGGCUGCUGCUGGCCUGCCUUGUGGCUGCUCUGGAGUCUUGGUGGAACGGCCUACGUUGCCAGCGGGCACAACCCAAAGAGGACAAAGAGGUGAAUCUGGAGCAGGUUCACCAUCGUUUGGGUGGGCUGAUGGAGGACGAUCUGGCACACAAACAGCUCACAGGUCAAUCUCUGGAGAUAUCUGCCCUGGACAUGGGCAGCAUGCGGCCACAGCCGGGGUCCCAGGAAGCCAUGAGAGAUUUUCUUCCUGGGGGCCUGUCCGUGACCUCCUUCCUCCAGGAGGGCCCUGGGGUCGGCCGCGUGCCCGGACGGAGCCUCCCCCUCCCUCUCAGCAGUUCCACUCUGCCGCCCUCCAUGCGUUGCAAACACCGGGCACCCAACGGAGGCCUUUUCCGACAGAGCCCUGUAAAGACACCUAUGCCUCUCUCUUACCAGGCAGUGCCCGGGGGACCCAUCCCAGAAGCCAUUGAUCCAAGCCAUGGGACCUCGAUUUGAGCUGAUCAAUCACCACAUUCUAAAAACUGGCAGCCAGCCAGCUAAUCACAAAUAUCUGGAAGUCUAGACCAGGUCUGGAUGCAUUUAUACAAUUACUUACAAUAAAAAGGAUAUUGAGAUCUUUUUUUUUCAGUACAGAUAAAUCAUAUGCCUGUGAGAAAAGAGACGCUGACUUUUCUUGACUGUACAUAUUUGUAUAUAAUGAGAGACAGCAGUGAAUUCAAAGUGUAUUUUGAAUAUUCAUGAUUUUUUUUUAAGUUCUGUAAAAAAGAAAAGAAAAAAGGUAUUUACAUAAAAAUACAGACUGUUUGAAUGGCUUUGUAAAUUUUGUUCAAAAAUA